AUGUCGAUAAACUGGGUUAUGCUCAACCAGAAGGGCGAGAUACAGCCUCUGGAAGAUGAGCAAAUACUUCUCAAGACGCCUGGCUACGUGAGCUUGGAAGUAUCCGUCCCCAAGGCCUUGCGAACCUCCAAUCCCAACUUCAACGUGAAGUGUGAUUCCGGCGUUGCAUAUGUCACCAACAGAAGGAUCAUCUAUCUGGCCGAGCAGCCUACAGAGGCUUUUCAGUCCUUCUCAGCCUUCAUCCUGGACACAUAUGACCCGCAGCCACGAGCAGGCGGCCUGCUUGGGUUCGGGGCUUGGCGAUGGAGAGCCGAGGCCAAACCCAGGGCUGGCGGUGGGAUACCAGGCGACGUUCCUCGAAUCGAGAUAUUACUGAUAUUCAACCACGGCGGAGUAGAGGGCUUUCACUCCAAGUACAGUUUGAUGUAUGAGCGCCUGUCUCAUGCCCGGGACGUUGCAAGAGAGACGGGAACGCGCAUCACCGUUCAUGACGACGACUUGCCCCCGUAUUCCGCUACGGGAGUCGGCGGUGCGCCUGAGCAGCCGCAACCCCAGCAGACUGCACAGGCGAGUUCUGCUCCAUCCCAGAGUCAUGCUCAGACCCAGACGCAGCAGGCCCAGCCGACACCGAACGAACCACCACCUGAUUAUGACGAAGCGCAGGCCCAGGCAGUGGAACAGCAAUUUGAGGAGCGGGACCGUCAAGACGCUGAGAGGGCCCAGUAG